GACGAUAUUCCGGAUAAACCGCUCGCAUACGAUGAGAAAAUUCUCAACGAAUCCGACAAAGUGGUAGGAAAAUUUCGGGGUUGCGUCGAUAAGUACGGAUUAGGCUUGAUGCGUAUAAAUGAAUCUCUCAGUGCCCAACGGCUCAGUGUAUCCGGUAUAAACGUAAGAGUGGUGAAACCUGCGUGGUGGCCCCAAGAAUUACAGAGAGAAACGGUUCUCAUUAAAGAUACGAAGUAAUACGCGACCUUUCAAGUAACCAUUUUGUAGGAGAUGCGUAUACACACGUGAUACAUAAACUGUAAUAACAUAAACUUGCAAAUGACGGAAGAUCCCGCUGGUACACCAGGUACAUCUGGUAACACAAGCGAGCGGACACAACGGGAUUUCUCCACGAGUCAACAAGUAACAACGAAUAUGGACGGCACUUUCUCAUGUUCUCUUUGUUCUUUAAAGGAACAUUAUGAUUACAAGGGUGGAAAACCGCCGUUCGCUCGGCAAUUGAUUUACUCGGAAGAAUGUUACGUUAUGAAAGAUCCAUUUAGUUUGCCGAACAGGGGCGAGGUCUUAACCUUGGGCGCCGAUUGCAGCAUGUGCAAGCGAGCUGUAUGUUUAGGAUGCAGUAUAUUUUACACAAGACGCUUCUGCUCGAAAUGCGCGUCCAGUAACGUGCAGUACUUCCCACCUCAAUUACACGACAAAAUCAGAAAUUUAUCGAAACAGAUAGAUUCUUAAAAAUGUAAAAUUUUUAUUAUCG